AUGGAUCGGAAGAGGACGUUGAAGCUGAACUGGAGUAAUCUGGGAAGAUUGGACGACGACGAUCAAUUCUUUGAACCCAAGGACCGUCUCUCCUGCGCCGGCCCGAUCGAUUUAGUGGGCUUUGAUUCCGACGACAGCGACGAUGAGUUCGAGGAUAGCCGUUUGUCCCUAUCGGAAGCCGCAUUUACCAACAGCUUCCGUGCAGGCCUGCAGGCGAUUACCCAGAAACAUGCCCAGAAACAGCCCUCUAUGAACAUGGCAGAUUACGGCAUGUGGAUGGCCGAGCCAGGCGAUAUAAAGGAGCGUCGCAAACGCCUUCACCAAGGAAUGGGGCUGGUGAGCAAUAAGGAUCUCCUCAACAAGGUCACGAGCUCAAAGAUCGGACGGGCUAUUUCAAGAAAGCCCCCGGAUUCUUUUGGGAAGAAAGAUAAUAAGUUUUUAUCUAAAAAAGAAGAAUCGUUCAAGGCGAUCCCUAGAGUCAUGUCAAGAAAGCCCCCAGAUCCUGGGAAAUUAAUGAAUAAAUUUGAGUCCAGAAAGGGAACUUUCAAGGUUAAAGGUGCCGCUUCUACCCCUUCUCCUCCUAUCCCACAAAAACCCAUCCAAAAUCAAGAGAAAAAGGAGGUGAUUAAGGAGCCGGAGCCGGAGCCUAAGGAGCCCAAGAAGCCGGCGGCGGCGCCGGAGGAGCCGCCGCCGGCGGAGGAGCCGCCGGAGGAGGAGGAGGAGAACGAAGAGGAUGAGGCGGCGGCGUUCCCAUUUAUGCUGGUCCGGUCAAGAUCAGAAGGCGAUAUAGAUUCUUUCUCAGCAAACACUAAGAAGAGGAGAGAAGAAAUGCUUGGCCCGGGGGUAUCAAAACACCGUCUAAUAAGAACACACUCCGAACUAACAUCAUACAGAACCGGAAUAAAACAACUCACCGGCCCAGUGAUCGUGACAAAACGAAAGAAACGCAAAAAAAAGAGAGGAUCGUCCCAGACGACUAGUAUGACAGAUGAGUGUUUCGGGUCAUUUUUCUUGAUAAAAAAUCUGGACACGGGGAAGGAGUUUAUCGUGAAAGAGUGCAACGAAAAGGGGAUGUGGAAUAAACUGAGUGACCUCCAGACGGGGAAGCAAUUAACCAUGGAGGAAUUCGAGAAACAUGUGGGGUAUUCAAGGAUGGUUAAGGAGCUAAUGCACAGAGCACAUGGGAGAUCAGACAGUAAGAUAAACAUGAACUCUUAUAUUAGCAAGAGUGUCAGGUACAGCAAGAAAACCAGUGUGGCUCUGAUGAAGAACAUAAAGGAUGUGGCGAAUUCCAUGAGUUUGAAGAUCACAGAUAAGGAUCCCACUUUGCCUCCUGUUGAUCAGAAACCCAAGAAGAAUUACACGGGGUCGUCGGAGUGGAUUAAAGUUCAGCAGCAAGGGAAAACCCUAAAGGAAUUUACAGGGCUGCAGCUGUGCCAGGAAAUCCAGGCUCAUGAGGGCUCAAUAUGGACUAUCAAGUUCAGUUGGGAUAAUCAUUACCUAGCGAGUGCUGGGGAGGAUAAAGUGAUUCACAUAUGGGAAGUUCAAGAUGUUGAGGUUAUUAAACCCACAGAUGAACAAGGGAAUUUGAAGGCCAAGGCCCCCUCUACUAAAAAGAAGGACGGUUCUGUUCCUGAGUAUGUGAGCAUGCCGGAUGCUGUGUUUUCUUUCUCAGACAAGCCACUCUGCACUCUCACAGGCCACCAGGAUGAAGUCCUGGACCUGUCUUGGUCAAAAUCCAAGCUCCUACUUUCUUCUUCCAUGGACAAAACCGUUAGGCUUUGGAACAUAGAAGGCCAGAACUGUCUGAAAAUGUUUGCACACAAUGACUAUGUUACUUGCGUACAGUUCAAUCCCACAGAUGAUGAACACUUCAUCAGCGGAUCACUAGAUGCAAAGGUUCGGAUUUGGAACGUGCCAGAUCGAAAAGUUGUAGAUUGGAUUGAUCAGAAAGAUUUGGUCAGUGCCCUUUGCUAUGCUCCUGAUGGAGAGGCUGUCAUAAUUGGUUUACAAAAAGGCAUCUGUCGGGUGUAUAGAAUCACAGAUUGCAAACUUGAAGAAGAAGAUCAGUUUGAUGUUGAACCAAAGAAAAAAACCCAGAAUAAAAAGAUCACUGGUUUUCAGUUUCAUGGAACAAAUCCAGCAGAACUGCUAAUAACCUCUGCCGAUGCUUACAUCCGUACCCACGAUGGAACGAAUUUCACCCAAAAAUAUAAAGGUUUCAAAAUCACAACCGGGCAAAUUUCAGCUUCGUAUGGGCAAGACGGAAAGUAUGUGGUGUGUGCAAGCGAAGACUCUCAGGUGUACGUGUGGAAGAGAGAAGAAGUCAAAAACGUAGGAGGGAAACCAAGAUACGUCACCGUCCAAGCUCACGAAAACUUCCCUUGCAAAGACGUUUCAGUGGCCAUUUCAUGGCCCGGCACCGACACAAAGAAUGAACAGCCAUCAACGCCACUUUCAUCCAAGAAGCAACAAGCUGAAGAAGAAUCCGAGCAACCCACAGAUACAACAGAUUCAGCAACUCCACCCAGCAGUGAAUCUCCUUCCCCAUCUCACUCUCAUACUCGGUCUUCUUCCUGGAGUAUUCUGCCGGCUGACGCCGCCGCAGCCCAGGCAACGGCGUGGGGGAUGGUGAUUGUGACGGCAAGUUCAGGGGGCGAGAUAAGGGUGUACCAAAAUUUUGGAUUGCCUGUCAAAGUCAAGGGGCAGGCCAAUCUAUUCAUUGCAUAGUUUGGAUGCACAAAUUUAAUGCAUUUCUGGAAUAGAUUUUGGUUUUUGUUCUCAAGGGUUUAGAAAAACUAUGCUUUUGUAGGUAGAAUUUGUGUAUAGUAUAUCAAUUUUGAGAAUGUAACUCCUUAGCGCAUGCUAAGUAAUUGGACGACAC